AGCAGGGAUUGCAUUGUGAUGUGCAACCAUGCUGAGUGGUCACCCUUCGCCACUUUGAUGGCUUUGUGGCAGUCCUCUCUCGUUGAUGGUAACAUUUAAAGCCUGUGUAGUGGAAGCAGCCAGCAUACCUAACCCUCUCUGUAAUCAACUCGUCACUUACUGCCAUCUGGUUUCACUGCAUGGAACUAGAGUUUCUGAGUGACCAGAAAGAAUUUAUUCCCAUGUAGAUCCACAGUCAGCUCUCUCACAAGUUAGAGUAAGGUUUUCUUGUUGCAUUUCAUCUACAUGUACAUCAUAUAUGUACAUGUGCAUAUCCAUAUGUACAUGUUUCAUUUGUGGCCAAGCAUUCUUUUCCAUUCAAAUGAGGAUAUGCUGCAGUAGAUAGAACAUGUUGAUAGCCAUGUGUGGGAUUGUGUUCAAUUUGGGGUCAUUCGUUCCUGAGCCCAUGUGGAAACAAUGGCACCUGAUAAAUAAAAUCACAAUAUUACCUUGUUGGUCCUCUUGACGGAGUCUUUAUGUUACCUUGUUGGUUCUCUUGACUGAGUCUUAAUGUUAUUUGAAACACCUCGUCAAAUCAGUGUACUCUGUGUAGCACAUGUACCAUGUUGAAGUGGUUCAUCAUUGUCAUUCUCAUAAAACUCUACAGCCAAACAACCAUUAAGGUGACAAGUGGUUCUAGCCAGCUCGAUUUUCUGCAAGUCCCAUGAGACACUAUGUCUCCUAUCCUGUCCAUUCUUCAAUGUUGUCUAUCCAGAUUUGCCUUGGACAUCCCCACUUCCCACAGCCCUAUCCAUAGUGCAUUAGAGAAUGAACAGAAAACGACUAUCCAGAAGUAAACUUCAAAGAGAUGAUGCCGAGCUGAGGAUCAUCAACUCCCUGAAUUAAUCAACUGCAUCAGGGACAGGGCCUGUGGUUUUCUUUUAUUACAUGAGGGUUGACUCAGAGUCACGUGGCCCUCUUUUUGUUCUGACUCCAUGGGCAUUACAGUAAAUCUUACUUUGUCUGACAGUGCAUCUGUAGCUAUGAAAGGUUAAUUCUCCUUUCAAAUUUAGUUUGUCUUUUGUAUCAGAAAGCAAUGUACUGUAUUGCCAGUGAUCUCUUGGCUGGGGUGAUGUGAUAGGACCAUCUGAAGCCAUGUCCGAAAUGGGCUUCCGGAGCUACGGCAAGGUCUACUGUCUUUGCAUCUCCGUGUAUUUCCAACGGAGUGAAGACCUAAACCUAGAUCUAGACAACAGAUUUAGAUGCAGCAUGAGUUUCUUUUCCUUGCAAUUCUGAGGUGGUCAUUACCCCAUUGCAUAUUAUGGCUAAUGACCAACUGUCUGACCCAGACAUUGGCUGUGUGUACUGUGUAGCAUGCAGUGGAUCCCAAGUACAUGUACAUGCUGUGUUCUGCAGUGGUUCACAUCAUAAGCAUGCGCGAUACUGUGUCAAGUGUUUCAUCAUUGACCUGAAUAAUCUCAUGUGUGAGGAAUUGACGGUAAGCUCUUGUGGGUUUUAAGAGAUGAUGGACGAAUUUGAAGAUGUGGAGGCAACUAUUGAGAGACUGCAGAGGGAAUGGCUUCUUGCCAACAGUGGAGGCAGCGACCUUGACAGCGAAGAGCCAUACAAGCCGAGUUACUGUUACGGUUGUGCAAGGACUGCUGGUGUGGCAGUCUGUCGCUGGCCGCCAACCAACCGGAAAAGACAAGCAAGAGGUUCUUCAUCAAGAAAAGGCCAAAGACAGACCAGAACCAAGGCCAUUGCACACCAAAAAAAUGCCUCCAAUCUCCAAGUGUCCGCCAAAAUAAAAAAGAAGGCCCUGACCACACUUCUCAGCCAGAAAACAGGAAAAGCAAGCAACCCGCCCAAAGGGGGUGGUGCCAAGAAGCCCCCAGCCAGGAAAAAGAAAAGUGGCAGAGGAGAGUAUGUAUGUUAUGAGUGCGGGCGGGUUUUCACGUUUCUCUGGAAUCUCAAACGGCACCAGCAACGGCACACUGAGGUAUCCAUCGACAAUCCUAAGUAUUCGUGCUCGGAUUGUGGUGAAACCUUCUCGACCGAGAAGCCCUACCUGCAGCACCAGCAGUCCCACAAGCCCUUCAGCUGUAAUGAGUGCGGCAAAACGUUCAGCGCAGCCGUAUACCUCAGGCAGCACAUGAAAGUGCACAACACCGACAAGCCCUUUGGCUGCCAGUACUGCCCCCGCAUGUUCAAGACUGAGUACAACCUCAGAUGCCAUGAGGAGACACACAUGGACGUCCUACCGUUUCCAUGCAACAUCUGCGGGAUGGCCUUUACGCGCAACUCCUACCUGGUAAAGCACCAGCGUGUCCAUUCAAAGACUCUGUAAGAGAAAAAACCGGACUUAUUCUAAAACUACUUUCGAGUAACAUCUGAAAAAAAUUCUGGAAAUGGAAGUACUAUUUUAGCAGGGAGAGGAUUCCAAAACUUUUCAGAAUUUCACCAAGGCUGCAAACAACUGCUUUGUUUCACAUUCAGGUACAUCCUGAAAGCACCUCACUGGACAUCAGCGAGCCCCCCUGUUUUUUUCUUAAGUAUAAUAAUGACUGUACAUUAUGUGCUCUUGAGCCACAUAAGCUGCACCUUCCAAGACAGUGCAUGCUUACAUGUCCUUUGUAACACUGCAUUACUAUGCUGUCUACAACUCUUCAGGGUGACUGUAGAUACAUUAUUCAAUAUUGGACAGGCCCCAUUGAUUAAAAGCAUGGAAACUUUUUUUUAAUCCUUCAUACAAAAGUGCCUUGAAUAUUCUUACGUAGUGUGGUUGAGGCCAGCCAUGAUUUGAUUCAACUGUACAUGUAGGUAUUUCAUCAAUAUAUUCCAAUUUACCUCAAAGUUGCUGUCAUAUACAUAUAGUUAAAAAACAAUAUUCAGAGAAAUUCUAACAUUUUUGUAUCUAUUUCCCAUAACUAUCAUCUUGAAACUGAAUGGUUCUUUGAGUUCAGAGUGCUGCAUGGUAACACAUAGCAACUGAAGACAACAUCCAGACAAAUGUGCAGACAUUUUCACUGACUGAUCACCCCAUGUUCAGGAGUAAAUUGUGCGAUAACCUUAAUUUUCUCUACAGUACGUGCAAUAAGUUGAAGGGUGCGAUGCGUUGCGCUUUCUCUCAUGGCCAUGUCUUCAUCAGCCGUACAUAAGGUCCAAGAUCAGUGACCACAUCAUCGGGUUGCUCAGACACCACACAAUUUGGCCAAGGUUAAAUACUUUUUUGUUUAAUAAUAAAGAGAAUUUGUUGACAGUUUUCCAUUAGCCAUAUCAGUACAAAUGAUGCAAACUGCACUUAUCCAAUUUUUAACUGAAUGUGCACAAAGCUGAAGCAUGUCCAUGUGAGAAUAGUGCACCUGUGCAUAUGCUGGAGUUCGUGGCAGAAACUGAUGUUGUGUAUCAGUCGACAAGGCUGCCUGUGAAUUAUUUGACAGUAGCCUGCAGAGGUAAUACACAUCUAUGAGCAGUGGCAUAAACGCACAUGAUAUCGCUGGCUAAGUAGCUUGGUACUUGUACACGCAAUGUGGGUGGGGCCUAACAGCAGUGUUUCAUAAUUUUUUACAUGCAAUAGGUAGUCUUUAAUCUUUUUCAAAGCAAUUUUCCCAAACUCUGGAAAUCGGUACUGUUUCCACUGUUUUACAGGUUUGUAGUUGGGGCGGUCAGUGCAUAGUUUUCUUCCAAGGCUGAAGUCAAUUUCAAAAGAGUGGUUUCCAUACCCGUUUUCUACAGUCACAGAGAUUCAUUUACCCUUAUCCAUCUGCGCAUGUGUGUAUGCUCCAUACUUGCACCUCUAGUGUGAACUAGCCGCUGAUAACUCCUCCCAAAUUGACCAACUGUAUAAAAAUUUCAGUUUUUCUGCAUGACGACUGCACACUUGCGUAAACUUCUUGUUUUUCAGAUUCAAACACAGACAUGCAGUCAGAUGAGUAGAUAUGAGACUGUGGCUUGCUGGCUGAAGUUCAUGUCACUGUUUCUUUUUGUUCACCGGUUAAAAGUUUCCACUUUUUUUGUACUCUUUUCUAAUGGUGAACGAUUUUUUGAAAAACUAUGCACAGAUAAUCGAGAGUUAUAAGCUCUAUGCAACAUCUGGAUGUACUUGUCAGUCUUACAUGAAGGGUUUGCUUUAACAUGUUGACUGCCAGUGACAACACACGCCUUGGCAGUGGUACACAUUUUUCCAAUAAUCAUAAUUUAUUGUGUGAUUUUUUUCCUCAAUACUACUUGAAAAGUAAAACACAUCUGAUGGAGAAAUUAAAUUUUCACCUUUGCAUAUUUCCCGUGUUAUUUGACAGUAAAACACUCUGUGAGAAAUUCAACACAAUCUUGACCAAUACUGGUCUACAAUCUGCCAACAAUUAAUUUCUAAGGCUUACAGUAUUGCCAUUGCAUUCUUACUACAAUUCAAAGCCCAUUUUACCACAAAUAUACACAUUAGUGCAAAUUCUGGUAUGACCAUACAAAUAGUCUCAUAGUUAGCAGUCAACUUGUUAAACUAGAAUACUGCCCAAAGUCACUCGACGUAUCUUUUUCAAAUUGUGUAUUUUCGUUGUUUUUUUCACUAGACCAGUUUUUCUUAUUUGAAUGUCACAUGCUUUGAGGUAUCAAAAUUUUUGGUACCGUGAUCAUUCAUUUGCAAAUUACAUGUGUACAUUCUUAUCAGUAACAAUGGUUCUCAUGCUUCUUUUGUAAGUACAUGUGGAGUUGAAUUCCAGUUUCUUUUCUGGAAAAAAAUGUUUUGUUUCAUGGCAUUUUUGAGUUAUGUCGAAACUUUUAUAAGGGUUUUCGCGUACUUAAAUUGUCCUUUAAAAUUUGUGUUAAUUGAUGGAAGAUUAAUUGGUGAAAUUCAACGUUUGUUUCUCCUUGAUUUUUCAAUUUGUACAUAUCACCUCGUUUGUGUCACACCUUCAUUGUGUUGUAUUUAUCAGAUGGUGUCAAACGCCAUCUACAAAUAUAGUUACACAGGGUAACCACAUACGAGUUGUAUGAAAUGGCCAUUUAAUCAGUAAGUGCGAUUUUUUUUGUGAGGUUUUAAAAUGGAAAUGUUUAAAAUUUUGUUGCAGUUCAUAGCCUCAAAAUUUGUCGCAGUUUCUCCUCUAAAUGUCAAGUUCCAAGUGUAAAUUUGAGAAGUAUCUUUUGAAUUUUGUGUUUGACUUUUCAUCAGUAGUUUGGAAAUUGUUUUACCCCUCCAAGAUGUUACUUCCUGCUUUCAUGCAAUUUUGACAUGUUUGUCACAUUUAAUGUAUAUUAUGGGGGUAUGUGCCCCCCCCCAAUAAAUUCCUGGUGCCCCCCACUCAAGAAACCAAUGAAUGGAUAUUGAACUAGGCUAACAUAAGCUUGCCCCCCCCUCAAAAAAAACACACUACUGAAAGCUGAUGCCCCCCCAUAAGGUGCUGGCGCCCCCUGUGCCCGCAAUAAAAUCCUAGCUACACCACUGAACCAGAGUACUUUAUGCCUCAUUCGGAUUUGCUCUUUUGACACCUUUCUUAAGUAUUAAAUUGAAACUUUUAUUAUAAUUGCCACAUUUUAAAGUGUUACAUAGGAGGAUAUUUGCUCCAAUUUAAAGAAACCCGUGUUAAUUAAAGAAUUUACUGUAAGUCUCUGAAUUACGAUUUGCUUCCAGAAGAGAUUGCAGAUGUUAGUUUGAGAAAAAAAUCAUUUGUCAGUGACACUUUUAAUGUUAUUUUGUGGAAAAUGUACUUCAUUCCCUCACAUAAUCAUGUCAAAUCAAGUUUAAACAUUUGUCUUUUUCCUGUUGAGAUUUCUUUGGGGGCAUGCCAUUUCAACUGUAGCCUGGAAGAAAUUCUUAUCACAUUAUUUUUUAUGGAAAAUGUACCCUGGGAAACUCGGUGAAAGAAUAGGACUGUACAAAGCUGCAGGUUGAAUUUGGUAGCUUUUAAGCUUUGAAAACAGGUGUAUACUUGAUAUGUUAACAUUCCAUUGGUCACUUUUCAAGCAUUUACAGCUCUCAAGAUGUCGAACGAUCAGCAAUUUUUAUCUUCAUAUUGGGAGCAACGUUGUAUGUUUUCUAUACAGUAUUUUUGCAUAUCGUGAUUUGUGUUUGUGUUGAUCACUUCCUAAUAAAGUAUUUUACACUACCUUGAGUUUA